AGCCCGUGGAGCGACGGGGUCCUUCCGGGUCCUUCCUGCCCUGACAGCGCUGCGCCGACAUCCCCCCUUACUAAACCCUGUCCUACUAAUUAAACCCGGUUUAAUUAUCGCUAAUUCAGCCGCAGACGCACCGCCGCUCCCGGAGUUAUGAUGGGCGGAAGAUCGAGCACGAUAGCCGCCGGGGUCUGCGGCGCCCUGUUCGUCGGCUACUGCAUUUAUUUCGACAGGAAAAGGCGGAGUGACCCCAACUUCAAGAACAGGCUGCGAGAACGGCGGAGAAAGCAGAAGGCAGCCAAAGAGAGAGCCGGCCUGUCCAAGCUUCCGGACCUGAAGGACGCCGAGGCCGUGCAGAAGUUCUUCCUGGAGGAGAUCCAGCUGGGAGAGGAGCUGCUGGCUCAGGGCGACUAUGAGAACGGCGUGGAUCACCUGACCAACGCCAUCGCCGUGUGCGGUCAGCCUCAGCAGCUGCUGCAGGUGCUGCACCAGACGCUGCCGCCGCCCGUCUUCCAGAUGCUGCUGACCAAACUGCCCAGCAUCAGCCAGCGUAUCGUGAGCGCACAGAGCCUGAGCGAGGACGAUAUAGAAUAAUCAGAGGACCGAGAGGCCCCGCCCCCUUCCUGCCUCCUCCUCCUCAUGUGGACCUCCUCCAUCGUGACCGGCCUCCUCCUCCUUCUCCUCCUCCUCGUCCUCCAUCACUUCCUCCGAGGUGUCUGAUCCAAGGGAUUCUUUUUUUUUUUUUUUUAAUUUCAUCCAUCAAAUUAGUGUCUUUUUUUUAAAACUUAGAUUUACCCUUUUACGAGUUUUGGAAAAUACUGAACAUAAAGCCAACAGAAUGAAAAUAAUAAUAAAUAAAAGUAAAAAAAAAAAAAAAAAAAGAGCCCGUCCAAUCUCCAAAACGAUGUGAUGCCGCCGCCGUCGGCCGUGUGUCGUCUUGUUUAGCGGCCGAGCUAACCAGACCAGGUUUUGUAGGAAAGUGUGUGCAUGUGUGUGUGCGUGCCUCUGUGUGUGUGUGUGUGUGUGUGUGUGUGUGUGUGUGUGUGUGUGUGCGUGCAGAACGCUGCCGUCAGGGCCGGGCAGCGAACACGAGCGAGCAGCGGCGUCUUCACACCGUCAGAGUGUCCGUACGUGUCUCUCCACGUGCUUCACCAGUAUUUAUUGUUUUGUUAUCAGUCUGGGAAACACUUUUUAAAAAAGGCGAUGGAUUGUUGUGUUCAUGUUAAAGAGGAUCUCCCUCUUUAGAGGAAAAAAAAUGAAAAUAAAAAAAUGUGAACAAAGAA